AUGACUCUUCUUCUCCCGCUGAGCUCCUUGGAACCUCCCCAACAAGAUGCGGAGGGUGGCUGCUUGGUAAGGACUGGAAGAGCCGCGGGAGCAGCGACACCCCCUGCAUCAGACGAGGAGUCGCAGACCGCUCCUCAGCAUAGAGCGCCCCCUGUGGAUACUGAUCUGCAGUGCCGCCAUGGUUCCCAGCAGGAGCUACACACCCACCCGCGCAGAGAAUCACCGUGUCAACAAAGGAGGAAGAAACGGCUCAUGCGGCAGCACAAGAUGAUUCAACUUGAGACAGCCAACGAUCGAAGCUCUCCCGACCUCAGUAGAAGGCAAACGCAUCAACAGGAUGAGCAGGAGCAGCAGCACUCCGAGCAUCAGCGCCAGUGUCUCUUGAAGCGCGAUGCGGUGCUGCGAGCAGCAGCGUCUGCCGCUUGCAAAGAAGGCCUGGAGUGUCUGUACACCUGGGAGCCUUUGGAGAUUCCUGCGGAGACGCCCCCUGCCGAAAUUUGUUGGCAGUGCAACCCCAGCAGCCAUGUCGAGACGUCAUGGCGUCGCCUUCGACGUCCCCAUAUAGAGCGUCUGGCAGCAGACGCAGCUGCGUGCGACACAGGCAGAGGGAACGAAUCCGCAGAGACGUCGUCAUGCGCAGAUAUGGUGGCGGCUGCAGCGCAGCCGAUCUGCAGCUGUCGAAGGUUUUGGGGGGCACUUUUAGAGGCUCCCGAGCCAGGUGACCUUUCUCUUACUCUGGUAGCUGCGCAGCCUUCUCCAGCCGUCUCGUGCAAGGCUGCCGCAACUCCGCUUGGCGAAACUGCAGAUAGUGCCUGCUUGGCGGGAGCAGAAGCAGCAGCACCCUGCAGGGCGGCUGCCGUACAUCCACGCGUUGGCGCUGAGUGCAGAUUGAACGCCAGUGCCGCCCUUCACUCUAUGGGAGAUUUGUUACCAGUUCUGACCUCCAGGAGGCAUCUGCUGCCUCUUUGCCUCCGUGCAAAGCUGCUCUGUGCGAGACACUUCGCUGCUGAUGCUGCGCCUCCGACCGGCGCAGCAGCAGCCAGCAAAAGUGGAAGCCAGACAAGCCGCAAGAGGCAGCGCUCUCCAGCUGCUUCCGAAUCUGUUAAAGGUUUUGUACCAGUACCCAGCUCUUCAACCAGCAGUAACAAGUGGAUUUGGCUAGUCGAGGUGUCGCUGUGCCUCGAUCGCGCCAGCUGCCCCUCUCCCUGCAGCGUGCAGCUACACGUGUCUGACUGUCGAACGAAAGCCGCUCACUGGCUGUUCGGGAGGAUGUUGCGGCACCCCUCCCUGCUGCCAGCAUCGGUUGCGGCGGCAGUCUCAGCAGCCUCACUCACAAGAUCCUCAGACGCGCAAUCGAACGCCUCUGCCCCUCGCCCCUUCUUUGUAAGCCCUUCUCUCAUAUACAGUCUCGUUUCGCAGAGACACGUUCUACACGCGCUGCUGCAGCAACACAGCUCCCAUGCCAGCAACGACCCUCUACCUCUCUCUGGAAUAGAGUUGCUCCAGCCUGCCGGAUUGCGCUGCUCGCUGCGUCCGUACCAGCAAAGAGCCGUCCUUUUCGCGUUGACAAGGGAGUGGAGGGCUUUUCUGGGAAGGAGCAACAGCAUGCGCGGCGCCAGUGGCGCAGAGAAGGCGCUGAACAAGCUCGAGGAGCAGCAGCAACAGCAGCUGCAACUGCUGCUGCAGCAGCACCAGCAGCCGAUGCAGCAAAGCGUGAAUAUGUUCUGGAUCCGAGUCGCGCUGCCUUCUGCUGCGGCAAUGUGGAUCAACCACGUCACCGGCCAGGUAGCUGCAGCCUCAGAAGCCGCUACUGCAUCAGACUCAUUUGCAGCAGACGGCGUUGCUGCCAGCUUUGAGGUUCCGGGUGGUUUGCUCUGCGACGCAAUGGGUUUAGGGAAGAGCGUUGAGGUUCUGACGCUUAUUCUUGCCAACCCAAAGCCGCGAUCUGCGUGCGCUGCCGUCGGCGAGCCUGCCGCCGAAUCGCUGCCUCCUGCUGCGACGCGAUGGGCGGAAGCGGCACCUGCCGAGUUCAAGGGAGCACUCUACCGCUGGGGAGACGAAAUAUCCUCCGACUGCCGGAUUUGCUGUAUCUGCGGUUUGGAUUCUCUGGGUCCGCUUUGUCGCAAAGGAAGCAGAAGAUGGUCGCCUCAGGCAGCAGGAGGCAGGAGCAAGCAAAAGCAGCCGAAGCAGCCGCGCGCGUCGCACCUGCGGGGGGAGCGAGCGAACGGCAGUUCCUCCCUGCUGGCAGUCGUGCAGUGCAGCAGCUGCCAGUGCCUCUCGCAUGUCUUCUGCGUUGCGGCGUCUCCCGGAGCCGCCGCAGAAGUGCCCUUCCUCUGCCCCUUCUGCGUUGUAGACAGUCAAGAAAGGCUUGCUGGCAGUCGCAGCGUCGACCAGCUGCCAGAAGGAAAAGGCACAGUCUUAGUCUGCCCCUCAGCAAUCGUCGACCAGUGGAAACGGGAGGUUUCUCUGCACUGUGACAAAUCCUUGAAAGUCGCAGUGUAUCCUGGCCUUAAGCAAGCCAGAGCUGCUCUGGCUGACACUGUUGUAGCACUUGCGCGGGCUGAGUCGCGCGCAGCAGCUUCCCGCGGAGCGUCGUCGCUCCCUGGUGCAUCAAGUGGCAGCCGAGAGCGGUGCGAGGAUGCGGAAGAGUAUCCUGGAGACUCUUCUCGCCUGUCUCUCUGCCCUCGAACCGUGGAAGCCGUUCUCGGGUGCCUCCCGCAGGGGCCUACUGUGUUGUGCUCCCAGUUGAUGGAUUUUGACAUUGUGAUUGUUCCCUUUGAGGCGUUGCAGCAGGAGGUGUGGUUCGCUCCCCCCCUCAGCAGCAGCAGCGAUGCCAGCUCCACCGUUUUGGGCUGUAGCGGCAGCGGCAGAAUGUCUUUAAGGGGGACUAAACGAUAUCGCAAGCUGUUCUCUCCGAUCGUGGGUAUUCGUUGGUGGAGGCUCGUCGUGGAUGAAGCACAGCUUGCAGGAGGAUUCAGCGGUGCUGCUCGUUUCUGUCAUUCGAUCGAAGCCACACACCGUUGGUGUGUGUCAGGAACCCCGCUUCUUGACGAGUUGGCGGGUGAGGCUUCCCCAAAGCGAUCCGCGCAUGCGCCAAGGGGAUCGCUACUCCCCAGAGAACUUGCUGGAAUCCUCGCUGCUCUGCGCCUGUCGAUCGACGGAGCUCACCCCCUACCCCCGGCACUUAGCCAGCGUGUGUUUCACGCGCUCUCGCUCCCGCUGCCACAGAGUGCCUUGGAAGAGGCUCUUCCCCCUGCGAGCGGCAUCAGCAGCAGCAGCGACACUCGCAGCAGCACUUUUGGAGACACGAGGCUCUCUGCGCCUCGUGUGGGGCCUAACUGGGGCCUAACAGGUUUCGCACUCAAUGUGGCUGUUGAUUUGUUGGCUCCUCUUAUGUGGAAAACGAACAUGAGCGAUGUUGCCGAAGAGCUAGGCGUCCCCCCUCCCAUAGUUCAUGAUAUUUUUGUAGACUUAGGACCAAUAGAGCGCUUCUUCUAUCAGCGGCAGCAGCGGACGGUUACACGCCGCGUGUUGCGGCUGUGCAGCAAGCACCAGCAGCAGCAGCAGCAGCUGCUGCUGCAACAGGAGCGGCUGCUGCUUGCUACAGCGAGAGCCGCCGCCUCUGGCGCAGCGACUGCAGCUGCUGUCGGGAGUGCCCCUCUUGCAGCAGCGUUGUCAUCGCAAAUGGUGGGGUUACUCUUGGUGCUGCGGCAAGCAGCAAAUCAUCCCCAACUCGGCGCGCUUGGUUUGAGCUGUCGACGAAGCACCAACAGCAGCGCGAACGCCAACAGAAGUCGAAAGAAGCCUGAAAGUCUUGAGGCGCUGGGUCGUUACAUGUCUAUGGACGAGGUUCUGUGCCAGCUCCUCGCAGAUGCACGGGUGGAGCUCGAAGGAGCUUUACGCGCGUACUGUGCAGAGAUAAAUGGCGUAGCUGGCAUUUCGCUUCUUCAAGGCAAGCCUGCUCGCGCGGCUCUCCUCUACCUGCAUGUACUGGAGCUGUCUGCACACCCUCUGGGAGCUUCGGAUGCUCCCCGAAAAGUCGCGGCGUUUCUGGGGGUGCCUGACGAAUCCAUAGGCAGUCUCAUACUGAAGCCUCCCCUCGUUGAGUCGCUUACUUCGGGGUGCUACCACAUCGACAAGCUGCAGCAAAUUCACGCGGCUUACAACCUGUACGAGAGCCUCUCCAAGCAGCCUUCCAACGACGCCUGUUCCCCCGUGCAUCAACGAGGGAAGACUCCCGACGAGGCUCUUGGGCUUCAUUCGGAUCUUGUAGCCGGCACGCCUUCUCCUUUCAACGCGGAAAGCAGCAUCAACAACUGGACGCGCAGCAGCGCCAGCGAGGCGUCACAAGACAGAGGAGGAGCUCCGCAGAGCGUUUUCCAAAGCGACGCGGUAGCAGCUACAGACCAGUCUGCAGCAGCAGCAGCAGCAGCAGCAGCUUGGGAGUUGUACCAGUGUUUAAGAAGAGAAUAUGUUUCGAAGGCGGUUGGAGAGCUCAACCGCGCAAGGGAAGCCUUCAGAAUGUGCUUUAGAGACACAGAGAGACAUCGGACUGAGAAGACACUGCUAUGCGCUGGGAAGAAAAAGGCCUCACAAACAACUCGCGGCUGCUCCUUAGCGCCUCCCAAGGCACCAGCAUGUGUCUCCUCGCCAGAGGAGUCUCCUACGGAGGGGGAGAGAGGACGCCUCCCCGUUUUCUCCACCCGUUCGCCCUUUACCACGGACGAGGCACUUGACUGUGCCGAAGAGCGCCCUCCCACCAGCCAUCAGAAUCUCCCAAGCAGCGGAGCACGCGAGCUCUCCACGAGCGCGCAGAGAAGAGCUCUGCGCAGCGAGGAAGACUCUUCGGCAUUAGCGGAGUUUCAGGAGGCUGAGACGCAGAGACGAUCUCUCGGUUCGGGGAGGUGGUUUGCAGCAUUCGCCACUCUCGACGAGGAACGCAGCAAGGCCGUUUCUCUCAGAGUGCGAGACGAACUCGCCAACCUGCGGGGGAUUCCAUCUGGAGACUAUGGAUGCCGUUCUGGCCCCUUGAAUUUCAUGGGUAGACGACUGCACUUGGGGGGUGUCUCGAGCUGCAAGGGGAUUGUAAGUGCUCUUGAAAUACGCCUUGAUGAGCUCGACUGCCGACGAAAAGCCCUUAUUCAGACUCUGGAGAGCCUCGAUCAUCACGGGAAACCUUGUGCAGAGCAGCAGACCGCAUUUGGCGGCUGCCCACGCUGUAACGAGAUCUGUCAAGCAGAGUUACACCAGUUUCAGGAGCAGCAGCAGAAGAAAUCCAACAAAGUUCAGCAGCAGAAUCUGCAGCAACAGCAACAGCAGCUUCGGACAGGUGCCUCUCCAAGAAAACGCAGACGAAAAGGAGACUUCGAAGAAGUGCUUCUUGGGAGUCUUUGUUUUCACUGCGCAGCUGCGCAGCAAAUUUCAGAAUUACAAUACUAUGUGCAUAACACCGUUGCAAAGAACCUUGACACUGUCACCACUGAUCCCUAUGGCCUGAACAUCGAGGGUUACCACCACUACGGCGAUAGCGACCUUAUUCGCUGUUUGCAGCUUUUAUGCAGCAUUCUCCGUAGAGAUUCAGAUCUUGGAGUGCCUGAGACGGCAUGUGUUGCUGCAGCCGCAGAAGAACACUUGAAAGAGCUUGACUGCCUCAAGCGGGAGUUGACUGCUGCCGGGGUGUAUCUGCUGGCAAGUCGGGGAGUCUUAUCUGCUUUCGACGAGCUGCGGAUGUCUGUCUCUCGCUUCUUUUUGAAGUCUCCCGACAACAGCUUUCCGGCUGGCGCUUGCGCAGCUGCAGCUGGUGGGGACUGCUGCGGUGGUUUGAGCGACUCGUCGAUACGCCACGAGUUGUGGCUGCAGCGCUGCGGCUUGGGAGCUCAUGAGAUUCCUGCGGUUCUUUCGCAGCUUACGGGGGAUUUGCUGCUUUCCAAGGAGCAAAUUGCUGUGUGCUUCACGAGACACCAGUUCCUGACGAACCUGAAAACCAAAGAAAGCAACGCUGCGCUCAAGCGACCUCCUCAGGGCCGAACUGCCUCUGAUCCUCCCGUGGCUGCUGCUGAUGAUCGAAAGGACGAAGAAACGGAGGCGAAAUCUACAGUCUCUCGAGCGGGUGCCAUGACAGAAGCCAACGACCAGCUUUCACGAGGACCGCAAGACACUUCGCGCGAUCGUCAGCCUCGGAGUUCAGCGGCGUCGCUGACACGUCGCCAAGAGCAGCUCACUGCAUCGAAGCCGCAGGAGCUGGAGCAGGACGGGCAGUGGCAUCAGCGUCUUCAGCAGCAGCAGCAUGCACGGAAAAGGAGUCUCUACCACGAAGACGAGGAAUUCCAGCGCUGCCCAAUUUGCCUGCAAAACUUCGACGCAGGAGGGUGCGUGGCAGUCUCACCUUGUGGCCACUCCACGUGUUUCGCCUGCCUGCAGAAAUUGCAGCAACUGCAGCGACGCCAGCAGCAAAGGCAGUACCAGCAGCAGCAGCGCGAACGGGUUCAGCUGCUGACUUGCGCAGUCUGUCGGCACCGCUUCAGCGUUUCCUCUGUCGCCCUUGUUGCGGCUACUGCCGCGUCAGCAGCAGCUGCCGCGUCAGCGCCAACCUCAUUGCAGCAGCAGCAGCAGCAGCAGCAGCAGCAGCAG